AUGGCUACUCCUAACUCUAGGGCAUCGCUUUCCAAUCCCUCCAACACUCCUCCGUCUCGUCGCAACGCAAACGACAAUAGUCCCAACAGGCCGAGUGUCGGAAGUUCAGUACCCGCAAGUACAGGAACAGGCCUUGCUCGCACCCCGUCUCUCCGGCAGACCCGACCCUUAAGGAAAGCAACAAACCGAAUGAGCACUUCUUUUGCUGCUGCUGUCGACAACGACCAAGAGGACGAAGAGGCCAAGUCGGCCAACGUGCAACUGAUAAAGGAUCUGCAAGAGCAAGUCCAGCGAGCGGAGCAGGCAUCGGAACGAUACAAAAAACAAUUGGAAGUCAUGCAGCAACGAUUGGACGAGGCCUCGCAAGCGCAGAUGGCCUCAGAGGAACGCGACUUACAAAAGCAAACCGAAGUGGACCGUUUGAGAGCAGAAAUUAGAGAUCUAAAUAGACAAUGCCGAGAGCUGGAAAUCGAACGAGAGGAACACCAACAACUCUUCCUUCAGGAACGAGAACGGCAGAUGAAUAAGGAGGCGGAGCAACAGGCCACCAUUAACAGACUGAAUGAAGCCUUGCGCUUGCAGGGUACUGAGAGAUUGAAUGCUAGUCGAAGUGCAGGCGUGGCCGAAGUUCAAGUUGCGGAUGCGAAGGCCGAUGGAGAAAGCAUUCGACCGGAACAUCUUGCUUCGAAUUUCGCCAACAGUCUGCAACAGAAAGAUGAGACAAUCAAUACUCUCCGUUUGGAGCUGGCCGAAGCACAUCUGAAAUUGACGCAACAAGAACACGUGGGAGAUGGACGUCUCCUGGAGUUAGACCAAGCGAUUUCGGAAAUGAAAAUGCAAAAUGCCAAACUGAAGGAGGAGAACGAAAGCUUCCAGAUGCUGCUGAGCGAGAAGACGCUAAAAGGCAACUUCAUGCAUCAUGAGCAUGCCGACGAAGAGCCCGGUUCGAUGAGUACGCUUGCGGAGGAGCUUGAAUCCACCGAAGAGGAGGAGAGUGUCGAAGGGCAGAGUGAGAUGUACAGGAAGCUAGAAGCGGAGAACAAGUCAAUGAGAGAUCAAAACAAAGCUCUCACGUUAUAUAUUGACAAGAUCAUCGGGAGGCUGCUGUCGCAUGAAGGAUUUGAACAUAUUAUCCAAGACAAAGAGGAUGUGUCUCCGCCUCCCACAAGGUCGUACACAGAAAAGGCGUUGCCUGCAAUACCAGACCAGCAGGGAGCCGCUGCGUCCACCGUGGCAGGGGUGGCCACCGGCUUGCUGCAACGAGCCAGAUCUGUUGUUUCACGGCCAGGGGCCAAAGCACGGCCAAUGUCUUACGCACAACCUGCAACGGCAACACCCACAGCGAACGAAAACCCAGAUACGGCCCCAAGCAUACCGCUGAACCGGGGACAUCGCAGGGCGAGAUCUGAUCAGGCACAAUCUGACAUGGCCGCUGCCGCAGUGGUUCAGCAAAUGAAUCGUGGAUCUCCCAUGAGGACGGUGUCUGGAGGACCAAUGAGCCCGGGCAUUCGGCCACUCAGCCCGCAACUGUCACAAGGGCGUGGAUCAUAUUUUGGGGGCCCUCCUACCUCCACAACCACACAUACGCCAUCUGGCUCCGGCACCCGUGGGGGUAGCUCUGCGAACAGCGUAACUAGCGAUUCGCACAGCGAGGAACAGAGGUCGACCACCGAUGGCGGUUCGAUGACAGCACAAAUGAGUGGAGAACGGCAGGCUCAAGGGAGUAUUCCGGGGGCUGUGAUGAAACAGAACCAGUUGAGGCCACUGCGGUUGGUACAAGAGCAAACGGCGUCGGAAGAAGAGAUGCAGAAACGGGCGAAUAGAAAUUCUAUGUGGGGAUGGUUCAGGGGGAGCACCAUCGAGACCCAGGAAGAGUGA